AUGCGUCGCAGAUUCUACUUCAAAACCUUAUCCUCCUCAAACCUUCUCUCCUUCCAUCACCAACUCACAUUCUCAACGAUCUCACAUGGGUCAGCUCAUCCUUCUCAUGCCACUGAAACUCGCAUAUACACCUAUCUCGUGCGGACUUGCCUGAGAAAAUGCAAGCAAGUCAAAACCCCGAACCUGUUCGACGAAAUUCCUCAAAGACUAUCACAAUUUUCAACCACCAAUAAAAUUAUCCAUGCCCACAGCCUCGUACUUGGUUUUUGGUCAAAAGGGGCUCUAGGUAAUGUAAUUUUUGACCUUUAUGCCAAGUGUGGUGAUAUGGACUAUGCAGAGAAGGCAUUCGAAAGGCUUGAAGAUAGAGAUAUAUUGGCCUGGAACUCGAUUUUAUCAAUGCAUUCAAAGCAGGGACUUCCACAUUUGGUUGUUAAGUAUUUUGGGUUGUUGAGGAAUUCUGGGGGUUGGCCAAAUGAGUUCACAUUUGCUAUUGUUUUAUCAUCUUGCGCAAGAUUGGAGAUGGUUGGGUAUGGUAGGCAACUUCAUUGUAAUGUUGUUAAGACGGGGUUUGAGUCGAGUUCUUAUUGUGGGGCUGCUUUAAUUGAUAUGUAUGCCAAAUGCAAAUUUUUGAGUGACGCUCGAAGGAUAUUUGAUGGAGCAGUAGAAUUGGAUAGAGUUUCUUGGACAUCGAUGAUUGGUGGGUAUGUUAAAUUUGGUCUGCCUGAGGAGGCAGUGAAAGUGUUCCAGGAGAUGGAGAAGGUUGGACGGGUACCAGACCAGGUAGCAUUUUUGACUGCCAUGAAUGCAUAUGUUGAUCUAGGUAGGCUAGAUGAUGCUUCUGAUUUGUUUUCCAGGAUGCCUAACCAGAAUGUUGUGGCAUGGAAUUUGAUGAUUUCAGGCCAUGCCAAAGGAGGUUAUGGGGCGGAAGCUACUGAAUUUUUCCAAAAUAUGAAGAAAGCUGGCAUUAAAUCCACUAGGUCCACAUUGGGAAGUGUAUUGAGUGCGAUUGCAAGUUUAGCAGCUCUUGACUUUGGCUUGCUAGUUCAUGCUGAGGCAAUUAAACAGGGGUUACACUCAAAUGUCUAUGUUGGAAGUUCAUUGGUUAGUAUGUAUGCCAAGUGUGGGAAGAUGGAAGCAGCAAAGAAAGUUUUUGAUGCUUUAGAUGAGCAAAACAUAGUUUUGUGGAAUGCAAUUCUUGGAGGAUAUGUGCAGAAUGGGUAUGCCAAUGAAGUCAUGGAAUUGUUUUUCAAUAUAAAGAGCUGUGGUUUUUACCCAGAUGAUUUUACCUAUAGCAGCGUUCUGAGUGCCUGUGCUUGCUUAAAAUAUUUAGAAUUGGGCCGUCAAUUGCAUUCAGUUAUUAUCAAGAACAAAUUUGCGUCCAACUUGUUUGUUGGAAAUGCACUGGUAGAUAUGUAUGCUAAAUCCGGUGCUCUGGAGGAUGCAAGGCAACAAUUUGAGCUGAUAAGAAACAGAGACAAUGUUUCUUGGAAUGCAAUUAUUGUUGGAUAUGUGCAAGAAGAAGAUGAAGUUGAGGCAUUCCAUUUGUUUCGAAGAAUGAAUUUGCUUGGGAUUCUGCCGGAUGAAGUGUCUCUGGCCAGUAUAUUGAGUGCCUGUGCAAGUGUUAAAGGUCUUGGGCAAGGGAAACAGGUGCAUUGUCUUUCAGUCAAAUCUGGUCUAGAAACAAAGCUUUACUGUGGAAGCUCCCUCAUCGACAUGUAUGCCAAGUGUGGGGCUAUUGAUUCUGCACAUAAAAUUCUUUCUUGCAUGCCUGAGUGGAGUGUGGUCUCCAUGAAUGCACUGAUUGCAGGAUAUUGUCAAAUUAAUUUGGAACAGGCAGUAAAUCUGUUUCGAGAGAUGCUAGUUGACGGAAUAAACUCCACUGAAAUAACAUUUGCAAGCCUUUUAGAUGCAUGUGAUGGGCAACAGAAGUUGAAUCUAGGAAUGCAAAUCCACUGUCUUAUUUUAAAGAUGGGCCUUCAGCUUGAUGAUGAAUUCUUGGGCGUCUCUCUCUUAGGCAUGUACAUGAACUCCCUGAGAACAACAGAUGCAAGUAUUCUCUUCUCAGAGUUUUCAAAUACAAAAAGUGCUGUAGUGUGGACUGCUAUGAUCUCAGGACUUACUCAAAAUGAUUGCAGCAUGCGGGCUUUGCAACUCUAUAAAGAAAUGCGCAGCUGCAACGUGUUACCUGACCAAGCUACCUUUGUUAGCGCUCUUAGAGCAUGUGCUGUUGUAUCUUCUAUAAGAGAUGGUAGAGAGAUUCAUUCUUUGAUUUUCCAUACUGGAUUUCACUCAGAUGAGUUGACGAGUAGUGCGCUAGUAGAUAUGUAUGCCAAAUGUGGGGAUGUGAAGAGCUCCAUGCGAGUUUUUAAGGAAAUGAACAGCAAAAAAGACGUUAUUUCUUGGAACUCAAUGAUAGUUGGAUUUGCUAAAAAUGGAUAUGCAGAAGAUGCACUAAGAGUCUUUGAUGAGAUGAAGCAAUCGCAUGUUAUACCAGAUGAUGUCACCUUUCUUGGUGUCCUCAAUGCGUGUAGUCAUUCAGGGAGGGUAUCAGAGGGGCGCCAGAUAUUUGACAUGAUGGUUAACUUCUAUGGGAUGCAGCCUAGAGCAGAUCAUUGUGCCUGCAUGGUUGAUCUUCUAGGCAGAUGGGGUUCUCUUAAAGAAGCUGAAGAGUUCAUUGACAAACUUAAUUUUGAACCUGAUGCUAAGGUUUGGGCUACAAUGCUUGGGGCCUGCAGAAUACAUGGAGAUGACAUCAAGGGCCAGCAAGCUGCUGAAAAACUCAUUGAGCUUGAACCACAAAACUCGUCACCCUAUGUACUUCUUUCUAACAUUUAUGCUGCCUCAGGAAACUGGGAUGAGGUCAAUACUUUGAGAAGGGAAAUGAGAGAAAAAGGAGUGAAGAAGUUGCCUGGGUGUAGCUGGAUUGUAGUGGGACAGGAGACAAACUUGUUCGUGGCAGGAGACAAAUCUCAUCCAAGUGCAUCAGAAAUUGAUGCAGUUUUGAAAGAUUUAACACCGCUGAUGAGAGAAAAUGACUAUGUUGCUCAGAUUGAUUUUUUUGGCCACGAUGAAUACUGA